UUUCCAGAGCUCUCAGCCCGUCACAGAAUGAGUUCUAGCCUCGUGGAGGAAAUGCCUUUGAGCCCGCCAAGUCCUCGAGGGGCACAGAGGUUCAGGAAGCCAUGGCUUUUAUGCAUGGUUCCUCUGCUGUUGCUGCUUUUCUAUACCACGGGUGCACUGAUCUUUACUUCACUCAAGGCAAUUGCCAAAGAGCCCUGUAUGGUUAAGUUCGAACUAUCAUCUUCAAAGUGGCAAAUGACAUCUCCUGAACCUCUUUGUGUCAACAUGACAUCUGACGGGAAGCUGGGGAUACUUCAGGAUGGCGAGUAUUUAAUCUAUGGACAAGUGACUCCUUUUGCUAAGAACGACAUAAAAAACUCUGCUGAAUUUAUAGUAGAGAUAAUUAAAGAUGGAAAUGUCUUACAGUCUGCAACAAAUGACUUUCAAAUUCUAACUAUAGGAGGGAUUUAUGACCUGCAUGCCGGAGAUAGCAUAUACUUGAGGUUCAACUCUGAUGACCAUGUUCAGAAAGGUGCUACAUACUGGGGGGUUGUUUUAAUGCCAGAUCUCUCAUUCAGCUCCUAGAGAUUUAGUUUGGUUUCAUCACCUUCCUCAGUGUACCCAGAGAUGCUGUUCAGUGGAUUGGAGGGGGUUGCCUGUUUGAAUGCACACAGUUUGCGGCACCUUACAAAUCAACAACACAAACAUAAUCUCUUGGCAUCAUAAGACUUUAACCCUCACAUCUGUCUGAGGAAGAUUCAGUGAGUGGGCCAAAUCCCGGAUGUUAGAUCUGGAAAUAGAGUUUCAUAAUCCAUGAUAAAAUGAAUAUUCCAAAGCAUAUCUCUCUAACUCUUGAAUCUCUGGGUGCAAAAUGAGGUCCUAUUUCCAUGAGAAUCUUACUUGGUUUGCACAAAGGGUGUUUUGCAGCAGCCUGGCCUUUUUCUCAUGGUAAUUUCCUUGAGCUGUUUACCUUAAUCCCUUCAUACUCUCACCUUCUGAGAGCCUCCUAAUGAAAAGCUGUCAGAUUGGUGGGGUGGCCACGAUAUGCCAAGAGCACCUCCUUUUACACGUGAUAUUUUUAGAGGACAGAGAACACUUUGAAAGCUAUUGGGACAGAAGUGGCGAUGGCAUGGAAUGAAAUUGAUCUGGGGAAUUUUUCUUGAUUUUGUCAUCCACAGGAUGCAGGUUCAUCCUGAACUUCCGUGCAAGCCUUUAUUGCUUUUGUGUGUAUGUGUGUAUAGGAAAACGAGUUUGUACUAGCAGUCAUUAGAUUUAGCCCAAGAAAUUGGUGUUUCUCUAGUGCAUUAUGUAAUGAUUCCAAAUUUUUAGUUGGUAUUCCCUAAUUGACAAAUACAUUGGUUUUCCUAUACUACACAACUCUAUGAUGUUAAUGGAGUAGAUAUUUUUAGAAAAAAAUUGAACAAUGAUAACAUGGACAGAUGGAUCAUAAGACUCUCACCUCAACUCAGAACUCACAAUGAAUGGAGUGGGGUCUUGCCAUUCACAUGGUCCCCGAUAUGAAACUGGUAUUUUCUACCAUCUCUAAAAUGGAAUAAAUUAUACAUCUCUAAAAUGGAAUAAAUUCAGCUUUCAAAUGGAUGCAUCGCAUUUACCCCAAGGUGGCCAGAAUGAAGCAACGAGAGACUUCCUUUACCAGCAGACUUUCCUCUUCUUGCCUGGAGCAAGAAAAGCCAGGAUGACCCUGUUGGAAGAGCAUGCUGAGGUCUCAAAGUAAUGAAGAACACUCAUGUUCAAAUUUUGGAUUCUGCUAAAUUUAACCAGCUUGUGAGUUCUUGUUGAAAAGUAUUUUAAACCAAUUUAUAAUAUUUAUGGGUAUUUGUGAAAAACUGUAUUAUAAUUAAGUUUUAUAUAGGGCUAAUUUAAAAAUAUCUUUAUUGUAUGUAACAAGAAUACUUAUUGUAGGCUAAGCUAUUUCUUAUUUUUUUAUGAAUACUUGCUGAGCUGAAUUGCUAUAGAGUACAAAGACCCUUGUGUCUGCAUAUUGUCUCAGGAAACUAAAAUUAUGUUAUAUGUAUUUAUAGAAACCUGUUAGUGUUGAUAUUUGAUGUGUUGCAAGCAGCCCUAUGCUGGCAUGGGCUGCCACUACUUCAUAAAAACUGAUUGUUUAAUUCCUUUGAAUUGUGCAGUUUGGGAACUUUUAUGCCAUGGAGGUUGACAAACACUACAAACAGAAGCAUUUCUUUUGGAAAACUGGUUUACUAGGACACCAUUCUUUGUAAAAAGGUGUGCAUCUGUGUUGUGUGUGUGUUUGUGUAUAUUGUGUUGUAUGUGAUUGUGUAGGUGUGUGUGUGUGUGUGUGUUGUGGGAGAGCCUGUUCAUAUGAGUAUGUAUUUGUGUCUUCCUUAGCUGCUCUCCACCUUAGUCUUUGAGACAAGGUCUCCCACUGAACCUGGAGCUCAUUUAUUUGGGUUGGCUGGACCACCAUUUGGCUCUAGGGAUCUGCCUAUUGCUGCUUUACCUCACCACCCACAGGUCUUCGGUCACAGAUGUGUACCACCAUGUCUGACUAGUACACGUGGUUUGGGGAUCUGAACUCCAGUCCUUAUGCUUCCAUAGCAGGCGUGUUAUCAAUGGAGCUAUUUCUUUGAAACUUAAUGAUGUCAUUCUGCCCCAGCCUCAUUCUUAGGGCAAUCAAGGCAGACAAAAUGACACAAUGAUAUUGUCACACUCGCAGCAAAGGUCCAAAAGCAUUGUGAUUCUUUUAGAACCCAGAAGAGGUUUCCAUACUUCAGACAGACGGAUAGCUACCAACACACAGCAUCUGAAUUUCUCCCAAUGUUAUCAUUUCAGCCUUUGCUUCCAAUGUAUACUCAGUUCCUUUUCUGUAUUUUAAGGCUAUAAUAAAGUGUGUAUUUUUAACUGUA